AUGGCCAUAUCUCCCGUUUCAAAAAGAACAGAAUAUCCAUUUGACUUAGGCACAUUCGGUCGCCCCAUCACGACCACGAACCCCUCAACUCAAACGUGGUUCAAUCGCGGCCUCACCUGGGUCUACACCUUCAACCACAAAGAAGCAGUCACUUGCUUCGAGCAAGCAAUCGCACAUGAUGAACUCUGUGCAAUCGCAUAUUGGGGUCUCGCAUACGCUCUAGGACCCAACUACAACUUUACGUGGGAAUUCUUCGGCGAGGACUUGAACGAUAUUGUUCGCCGCACAUACGAGGCAUCCAAAAAAGCACAGGAUCUCGCGCAGUCUGCGACUCCUAUUGAACAGGCACUCAUAGAGGCCAUCCAAGCCCGGUUCGCAAGCGACAAACCCGCAGAAGAUAUGGAGCACUAUGCGUCUCGGAACCGGGCAUAUGCUGACGCCAUGGAGAAGGUCUAUCACGCAUUUGGAGACGAUCUCGACGUCGCGGCAUUAUACGCAGACUCGCUGAUGAGUCUAACGCCGUGGAAAUUAUGGGAUCUAAAGACAGGCCUUCCAAAUCCAGGAGCGAGGACACUGGACGCAAAAAACGUGCUUGAAAGAGCACUGCGUGAUAAAAAUGCUGCUAAUCACCCCGGCAUCCUUCAUUUCUACAUCCACCUGAUUGAGAUGUCUCCAACACCGGAACUAGGGUUGGUACCAGCCGAUUAUUUGCGCGAGCUUGUCCCAGACUCUGGCCAUGCAAACCACAUGCCCUCACAUCUGGACGUGCUGGUUGGGGACUACCGUGCCGCUAUACGGGCGAACCAGCGCGCAACCAUCGCAGAUGAGAAAUAUCUGCACUACGAGGGCGCCAUGAACUUUUAUUCAAACUACCGCUUGCACAACUACCACACCCUUAUCUACGCAGCCAUGUUUGCGGGCCAGAAAGCCGUCGCUUUGGACGCAGUCGAGCGCAUGGAGAAGACACUCCCAAAAGAACUGUUAGUUAGUCUUGCGGAUUUCGUAGAGGUGUAUUUGUCCGUACGACCGCAUGUGAUGGUGCGGUUCGGCAUGUGGGAGGAGAUCAUACACGAUUUGCCUGUCCCAACCGAUCAAGAACUGUACUGUGUCACGACAGCAAUGGUAUACUACGCCAAGGGAGUUGCUCACGCAGCGACGGGGAAUACCCAGGAGGCAAAGAGGUACCAAACACUGUACACAGCCGCCGCACAAUCGGUCCCAGAAUCACGCCUCGAUUUUCCCAACAAAUGCACUGACAUUCUGGCCAUCGCGUCCGCAAUGCUCGACGGAGAAAUCGAGUACCGGGCUGGAAAAUAUGAAGCUGCAUUCUCGCAUCUCUCGCGCGCAGUGCAGCUCGACGAUAGCCUGGGCUAUAGCGAGCCUUGGUCUUGGAUGCAGCCGGCGCGACACGCGUACGCGGCGCUCCUCUUGGAGCAAAACCACGUUGAAGAGGCACUGGCUGUGUAUAAGACUGAUCUGGGGUUUGACAAUUCGGUCAUUAGGGCCAGACGGCACGCGAACAAUGUGUGGGCUUUGAGAGGUUACCAUGAGUGCCUGCUGCGUCUCGGAAGGAGGGACGAAGCGGCUGUUAUUGAGCCGCAGUUGACAUUGGCUGUCGCCGUAGCGGACGUUGACGUUAACAAGAGUUGUUUUUGUGCUAGGGCAUCGGGAACGGAGACGGGCGUGCAUGAACUGAGGGCGUCUGGGAAGGAUGGUGAUGGGAAUGAGGUCAGCCUCAGCUUACUCAGACUAGUCACUUCCCUCAACCAUCCGCUGGAAGCCUGA